AUGUCAUAUGACAGGUAUGUUGCCAUCUGCCACCCCUCGUGCUAUGUCAAUCUGAUGAGUAAGGAAAUUUGCAUCAGUUUAGCAGCUGCUGUCUGGGCUGUUGGUACCAUCAAUUCAUUGGUGCACACAUUACUCAUGCUGAGCCUGGAUUUCUGUGGACCCAGCCACAUCCAGCAUUUCUUCUGUGAUAUCCCACCAGUGUUGGCACUGUCCUACAGUUCCACCUAUCUCAAUGAAAUCAUGAUCUUCAUGACUGACAUCUUCUUGGCCCUGGGGAGCUUCCUGGUGACCACCGUGUCAUAUAGCUUCAUCAUCAUCGCCAUUCUUAAAAUCCAGAGCUUCAAAGGGAAACAGAGAGCCUUCUCCACCUGCUCCUCUCACGUGGUCAUGGUCUCCUUGUAG